AUGUUGGCCAUGCACAGUCAUCAGUCCUCGGUGCAAAAUCCAUCGCCCGUUGUAAACAAGCCUUCUGUUGCUGCUACUUCUGUCACAAGUGGAGCCGGUCCGUUCCGUUGCGCGCCAACAUCGUCGUCGCUUUUUCACUCUCACGUCCAUGCCGCUCAGUCGGGGAGUGCCAUCGAGAGUCCGUCCUCGUCCGACGACAGUCAGUCGCACAGUCUGAACGAUGAUACCUCCGACGAGCUUCUGAACGACUGGCAUCAUCAGGACGAGCACCACCUUUCGUCCGCAAAUGCCUACAGAAUGCGCCGCGAAUCCGACCAAACCUCCCCCUCGUCUGCCACAUCCGCAACCUUUGCUGAUCCCCAAUCUAAUAAUGUUUCCGAUGCGAUCGAUCCCAAUUCGCCUGAUGCGCUCGCUCCAAAGAUUGAGGAGUUAGAUGACGAUGGAGAGGUUUUGAUGGAUCUCAAGCCGGGUGACGACCGUCCCGCCGACGAUGUUUCCAAUGCGAUUGCUAGUCUACCACGAAAGCGAGGUCGGCCACGCAAACACCCCUUGCCCAUGCCCGGUGGUCAGAUGAAGGUUGCCAAGGGUCGCUCAAAGACGGGCUGUAUUACCUGUCGGAGGAGGAAGAAGAAAUGCGACGAGACUAAACCUGCCUGUCUCAACUGUCAGAAAAAUGCCGUUGUUUGCGAAGGUUAUCCUCCGAAAGAAAUCUGGAAAAGCGGGAAACAGAAAAUGGCAGAUGCGGUUCGGCGAACUUCUAUUUCAAUAUUACCACGAGGUCUACCUAUUCUAAUUGAUGGAAUCGAAACGGACGUUGACCGGCGUUUCCUCGAUCAUUUCGUCUUCGAUUUCAGUCGAGUACUCACACUGAUCAACGAUGACUCUAAUCCAUUCAAGGAGAUUCUGCUUCCUAUGGCAACUCAACACAGAGGUUUGAUGCAUUCUUUGAUGUGUUUGUCAGGCUCCCAUCUAUCUGCGCGUGACCCCGAACCACGUUUCAAGGAAAGAAAGCACUACCAUUUCGAUCGAGCCAUCACCGACCUCCGGGAUAGUAUUAAUGCCGCUCCCUUGGCGGAAGAUGCCCAGGAGCCGUCUUUGUUAGUGGAGGAUCCAAUCAUCGCAUCUACGCUGGCAUUAUGCUUGAACACCAUCUGCGAAGGAGAAACCGCUGGAGAAUAUAGAUCUCAUAUGGACGCUGCCCGCUAUCUCUUACUCAAUCAGAAGCCCAAGAACGAAAAGUUUCGACAAUUCAUCAUUGAAUUCUUCCAAUAUCAUGACGUUUCGAACUCGUUGACCUCUCUGGACAGACGGCCAGUACAGCUUACUGGCGACCUCCGGCUCCCGGACUUUGUACCUCAUGCCCAGGCCGGAACAUUUCUCGGCAUUUUUGAUGGCUUGUUUAACUAUAUCUCUGAAAUCACUCGGCUAAGGGAUCGCAUUCGGGUACGCCACAGCGAAGGGUACGAACCAGCUGUGGACUAUCAGAUUCUUAGCGAAGCAGUCACCAUUGAUUCGGCGCUGCGGAUCUGGGAGCCAUCAUAUACUCCCGAAACGCCAAAUUGGUACGCCUCACAAUUGUACCGACAGUCCACAUGGGUAUAUUUGUACCGAACCAUCCGCCCAUCCCGUCCCAGCGAUAAGAUCUCUCAGGUUGUCGACGAUGCCUUGAAAUAUCUGGAUCUGUUGCCUCAGGAUGCAGGUGCGUAUAGUAUCAUGCUCAUGCCGUUGUUCCUCAUAGGAUGCUCUGCAUUCUUGCCCCGUCAACGCGACAGGAUCAAAAAGGGCUUUGAAGCAAUGAAAGAGUAUUCUAGUCUACGGAACAUCGAGCCAGCUCUUAGAGUCGUCGAACGGGUCUGGGAAGUAAUGGAUACGAAGAUGGAGGAAAGCUGGGACUGGGAGAAGAUCAUCGAGGAGAUGCAGAUGGACUUUCUGAUCACUUGA